UUCCAGACCGUCUGUUUGUUAUAGAGGGUUUGCUAAACAUUCUAAAACCCUACGCAAAAGCAUCCUCCUCCGAGUUCCCGUUUCUUCCUCCACUGAAGCUCGCUUCGCUUCGAUUCGAAACCAUGGCGGCGGUACCGCGAGGCCUCAUCUCUCGCUUCACUCAGCUUCUAUCAAUCCGGUCCACCACUCCUUCACCCUCACAACCUAGCUUCUAUCUCCUCCGACGAUUCAGCUCCGAUGCUGAGUCGCCUGGAUCCGAAGCUCCGACUCGGAUAAUACCCGGAGAGAUGUCUCCGGGAUCGAAAAGAACAGGGAUGAUCGCCGUCAAGUGCGGGAUGACUGCGCUCUGGGACAAAUGGGGAGCUAGGGUUCCGGUAUCGAUCCUCUGGGUGGACGACAACAUCGUCUCUCAGGUCAAGACCGUUGAGAAAGAAGGGAUCUUUGCGCUACAGAUUGGGUGUGGGCAUAAGAAGCCGAAGCAUUUGACGAUGCCUGAGCUGGGUCAUUUCAGAGCUCAAGGUGUGCCGUUGAAGAGGAAGUUGAGGGAGUUCCCUGUGACGGAAGACGCGCUUCUUCCCGUUGGCACUGAGCUCGGUGUGCGUCAUUUUGUGCCGGGGCAGUAUGUUGAUGUCACUGGGAUCACUCGUGGGAAAGGCUUUCAGGGAGUCAUGAAAAGAUGGAAGUUCAAAGGAGGGCCGGCGUCACAUGGUUGUUCAAAGGCGCAUCGAAAAGGUGGUUCCACUGGCCAAAGAGAUGAUCCCGGAAAGGUGUUCAAGGGAAGAAAAAUGCCUGGGCACAUGGGUGCGGCCCAGAGGACAGUAAAGAACGUUUGGGUUUACAAGAUUGAUCCUGCCAGGAACCUCAUCUGGGUGAGAGGACAAGUUCCUGGCGCAGAAGGGAACUUUGUGUUUAUUAACGAUGCGUGCUACAAGAAGCCAGACAUCUCAAAGCUUCCAUUCCCUACCUACUUAGCACCUGAAGAAGACGAGGAUCCAUCAGAAUUAGAACCCUUGGUGGCAGAUCUAGGAGAAGUCGACCCAUUUAUGUUGGCAGAGUGAUGUCCUUUUCGUUUUUUUUUUUUUUUUAACGUUUGUGCAAGACAAGAAGCUGAGGACGUGGAGAGUCAGUCACAGAGCUAAAGCUGGGAAAAAUUGUUCUCUUUUUCUUAUUUAGUUGUUUGGAUAUAUGAAACUGAAAACAUGAACAGAGUUUGCAAUAAGCAAUGAAGAUCUCAUCUUUUGUU